GAGAAGGAUGCUCAGUUUUUAUCUGCUCUGUCUUUGUCUCUGUACAGCCUAUGGUGCUCUGCUGUACGCUGACCACGGACAAAAUGUGACCUUAGAGUGUUUCUUUACCUCCAGUGCCAAAUACCUGUCUUGGUACAAGCAGAUGGCAGGAGGGCAACCCCAGAUAAUCUCCUCCAUCUAUACUCACAUACCUGAUGUUAACAGCUUCCACAACCAGUUUAAGGCCACCAAACGCUUCUCAGUCCAGACAGGAAGAGGAUUCUAUCAUCUGACCAUCUCUUAUGUGCAGAGCUCAGACUCAGCGAUGUACUACUGCGGACAAACCAGCAUCACCAUCACUGAGUUCUAUGAGGGCAUAUUCUUGGUUUUAAGAGAUUCUCGCAACACGUCUUUCAUCCUGCAGCCGGCGUCCGACUCAGUAAAACCAGGAGGCUCUGUGACUCUGAACUGCACAGUCCACACUGGGACCUGUGAUGGAGAACACAGUGUUUACUGGUUCAGAAACUCUGAGGAAGCUCAUCCAGGACUCAUUUACACCCAUGGAGGCAGGAAUGAUCAGUGUGAGAGGAACCCUCACUCACACACUCACACCUGUGUCUACAACUUGGCCAUGAGGAGCCUGAAUCUUUCUCAUGCUGGGACCUACUACUGCGCUGUGGUCUCAUGUGGACACAUACUGUUUGGAAACGGGACCAGGUUGGAGAUUAAAGAUGAGGGGAAACUGAUGAGUGGAGCUUUGGCCUGCACCACCAUCCUGGCUGUUUUGCUGACUUUUGCAUUGUGCAUGAUGAAAAAGAGAAACAGCAGCCAAUCCAACAAGCUGAAGCCUGGAGCAGCCGUUCCAUCCACCAUGACUGCAGAGGGUUACCAAACCAAACUCAACCUCUACUAUGCCGCUUUGGGUGCCAACUUAACGGACAGAUCGAGGCCACAGAGGGACCAAACCUGGAGUGAAUGUGUGUAUUAUAGUGUGAAGAAAUAGAACAUUUAGUGAGACGGGAUUUUAUCACAGCUCUUUUAGAAUUUCCAACAGUGUCUUGUAGCUUCUGUGCUGCCAAAAUCAAAGCUUUGUGCAGCACAUUUCCAAAAUGUCGCCUCAUUUUUUCUCCUUACUAUUAAUUUAUUUAGAAUUAAAAGUUUGAUUUUGUGCAGUCACAUAAGAGGUCAUGUACCUUUGAAAGUUUGAUCAGAUUGUCAGCAGAGUUGGAAGCAUUUUUAUUAAAAGCUUGGUGGUUUAAUUCCCAGCUUCACUGGUCUACGUGUCCAAAGGGUCUCUGGGUUACACAGUGGGUGUAAACAAAUGUGAUUAGUGCUGAUGAGAAGAUUUAACAGCCUCUGUCCUUACCAUGUGUUAAAAAAUAUUUACAUGAGUUUUGGAUGAUUUUGCUGUAAUAGAUUUCUUUUUAUGAGCAGAUCUUGUAUGUACUGUAC